AUGGCUAUUCCUUCGGUCUCGCUACAACCUCCUUCAGACCUUCUCUUGCUGCAAUUGUGCAACAACAUCCAUGAAGUGAGACAAUUACACGCCAAGUUCCUAGUUUCGGGGUUAAUCAAUCACCAUCCAGUUGUUCCCAGGAGGCUCAUCCAAGCCUAUGUAGCAACAUCCCACGUCGAACCAGCCAUAUCCAUCUUCAAAACAUCGAUACAUUCUCCCGACGCGUUUCUGUACAACACCAUCAUCAGAGGCCUCAUUAAUGACUCCUCUCCCGACCGUGCUAUCUUGUUCUACAAGAAACUCUUGCUUGAGGGUACAGUAAUCCCAGAUAACUUCACGCACACAUUCGUUCUCAAAGCAUGCUCGCAUCUACAAGAGGAUGAGGCUGUUUCCGUUGGCAGGCAAGUGCACUGCUGGAUGAUCAAGGUUGGAGGGGAACUUGGUAGUUAUGUUCAUAGCUCACUCACUCAUUUGUAUGCUUCUUUGGGUUUCAUGGAUGAGGCAGAGCGCGUUCUUCGUGAGUCCUUCGAGGAGAAUGUGGAUGCUGUCAACGCGAUUAUAUCAGGGUAUUGUAGGUGUGGACGAGUGGAUGAGGGUAGAGCUAAGUUCGAGGGGAUGACAGACAGGAACGUUGCAUCGUGGAGUGCUAUGAUCACAGGCUACACACGGAAUGAGAUGGAUUUAGAGGCAUUGUCUCUUUUCCAGGAUAUGUCUAUGAGUGAUCCGGAACUUAUCCCAAACGAGUCGAUGGUGGUGAGCUUACUAACAGCUUGUGGACGCUUAGGAGCUUUACCACAGGGGAGAUGGAUUCACAAGUACAUCGAAAGGGCCGGGAUGAAGAUUUCUACCAAUCUUUCAACAGCUCUCAUUGACAUGUACGCCAAGUGCGGUAACAUACAGUGUAGCUAUGAAAUAUUCCAAAAUAUAGCGUCGAGGGACAGAGAUAUUGUCUUAUGGGGAGCCAUAAUCUCGGGGUUGGCCAAGCACGGCCAAGCAGCAAAGUGUCUGGAGUUGUUCGAUGAGAUGGUUGGUCAUGGUAUCAAACCCAAUGGAGUUAUCUUCACAGCUGUACUUUCUGCCUGCAAUCACUCGGGGCUCAUCGGGAAAGGGCAGGAGUGUUUCGAUCAGAUGGUGAAAGUAUUCAGGAUAGUUCCAUCCAUUGAGCACUAUGGAUGCAUGGUGGAUAUGUUGGCUCGAGCAGGGAGGCUAGCAGAGGCAGAGGAGCUCAUUGCAUCUAUGCCCGAGAAGGCAAACUCAGUGAUCUGGGGAGCGUUCCUCAGCAGUUGCAGGAAGCACAACGAUGUACGAAGAGGCAGCUGGGCCUUUCAACAGCUUAUGGAGGUCGAGCCACUGUCAGGGGAUAGGUGGAAACUAGGACAGUUGAUGUUAGGGAAUGCAGGCAGGAAAAUGGAAGCAACUAAGAUCAGGAGGUUUAUGCAUGAAACUGAAAUAGAGACAACAGUAGGGUGCAGUUUCAUUGAAGUUGAUGGUGUUGUCCAUGAAUUUGUAGCAGGGGACAUUAUGCAUAAAAAAGCUGAAGAGAUCUAUAGAAUGUGCAGAAGCAUCCAUAGAACUAUGAGAAAAUCAUUCAUGAACAUGACAAGUUGA